UGCCCCAUCAUUGGUAUCAGUGGGAGGAAUAGUGCCCCGUCAUUGGUGUCAGUGGGAGGAAUAGUGCCCGUCAUUGGUAUCAGUGGGAGGAGGAAUAGUGCCCCGUCAUUGGUAUCAGUGGGAGGAGGAAUAGUGCCCCGUCAUUGGUAUCAGUGGGAGGAAUAG